GGUGGGUGGCAGUCACGACUGUGCGGUCGCAGGCGAGGUGGCCACGAGUGCGCCGGGGCGGUGAGCGCGCUCCCCGCCCCACCGCCUGCGGAAGUGCAGGGGAGGUGGGCAGGGCCCGGGGCAGGGGCGAGGCCGGGGGAGGGCAGCGAGCCGGCACCUCGGCGUGGAUGGGAGUCCCAGGGACCCGGAGCUGAGCCACCCAGCGUGACGGGCAGAGCGCGCCGAGGCAGGCGAGCCUCGCGGUUCCUCCAGGAGCCAACACCGUUCCCGCCCGGCCACGAUGAUCCCCCCGAGAGGCGCCCGAGAGGACGGCGUGGACGGGCUGCCCAAGGAGGCGGCGAGCGCCGAGCAGCCGCCCUCUCCUGCAUCCACCAGCAGCCAGGAAUCCAAGCUCCAGAAACUAAAACGAUCACUUUCUUUCAAGACCAAGAGUUUACGGAGCAAAAGUGCUGACAACUUCUUCCAGCGAACCAACAGCGAUGUGAAGCUGCCAGCAGACAUGCUGGUGGAAAUCAGCCCCAGCUCCAGCCCACUGCCUUCACCUGGAAGCCUGACAUCCACACCCACCAGGGCUGGCCUGCACCCCAACAGUGGAAAGGCACACGCCUUUCAGGAGCACAUCUUUAAGAAGCCCACUUUCUGUGACGUCUGCAACCACAUGAUAGUGGGAACAAAUGCUAAACAUGGACUACGCUGCAAAGCCUGUAAGAUGAGCAUCCACCACAAGUGUACAGACGGCCUAGCGCCCCAGCGAUGCAUGGGCAAGCUGCCAAAGGGAUUUCGGCGUUACUACAGCUCGCCCUUGCUCAUUCAUGAACAAUUUGGAUGCAUUAAAGAAGUUAUGCCCAUUGCCUGUGGAAAUAAGGUGGACCCUGUCUAUGAGGCCCUCCGUUUUGGCACUUCCCUGGCCCAGCGAACAAAGAAGGGAAGCUCUGGCAGCGGCUCUGAUUCACCUCACAGAACCUCGACUUCAGAUCUCGUGGAAGUUCCUGAAGAGGCCGAUGGGCUGGGAGAAGGGUAUGACCCAAGGAAACGCAGCAACAGCGUGUUUACAUAUCCCGAAAAUGGCACCCAUGAUUUCAGCGACCAAGCGAAAAACAUAAACCACCAGGGACCUCCUUCCAAAGACUCAUUACAGAUAAACACCUAUGUUGCCUUGUACAAAUUUGUGCCACAGGAGAAUGAAGACUUGGAAAUGAGUCCAGGAGACAUGAUUACUCUUCUAGAGGAUUCCAAUGAAGACUGGUGGAAAGGAAAAAUUCAAGACAGGAUUGGCUUCUUUCCGGCCAACUUUGUUCAGAGAGUACAGCAAAAUGAGAAGAUUUUUAGAUGUGUUAGGACCUUCAUUGGGUGUAAGGAGCAGGGGCAGAUAACACUGAAGGAGAAUCAGAUCUGUGUGACUUCUGAAGAAGAACAAGACGGUUUUAUUCGAGUCCUCAGUGGGAAGAAGAGAGGCUUUGUCCCCCUUGAUGUCCUGGAAAAUGUCUGACUGUAGGUCCCUCCUCCUUGUGCAGUAGGCAAACUCUGCUGUGACGCUGUCUGCUCAUCUCACUGUGUCCCCCCAGACAAGCUGCCAUGUUGACCGGGACCCCCAGGAACAGGGAGAUGGACUCUACGACCUGCACCUGUGGAGCAGCAGCCACAAAUCAGAAGGCCCAUCGCAUAACAUAUUCAGGCUGUCCAAAGUGGGGAACAGGCUGAGAAUCAGCUGUCAGACCUGGGGCAAAUCUGGUGGCAGCAGCAGGGCUGUCAGCCACAGCUUCCUCCAGGAUUUGAUUCUGUCCCUGUCUGUGUGCUAUAAAUCAGCCCACUGGAGUGUGAGCCAGUGUAUGAUGUGGCCCCAGUGCUAGGUUCACAGCUGUCUAGCCAAGGGUUAUUCUGGUUCCAGACAUUUGUCCCCAGUACUGGCCAAUCAACAUCACAUUUCAGAAUCCAAGCAUUCUCUCUGCAGAGAAUCAAAAAGACCUCCUUCCUAGCUCAACAGUCCAGGGCUCACCUCCAGGCCCUGCUUACUUUGUGCUCUACUGGUUGUUCUUUGCUUCUCUUUAUUUCUCCAGUAAUAUGUAUUAAAUCUGAGGGCUCAGCUGACUUGGCACCAACUGCCAAGGUCAGACCUGCCCCCACACUGCAAACGGCAAUUCUUGCCUCUUUGGUUAACAAUAGAGGUAACAAAGCAGGAUCUGGACAUAGGUAUAAACAGCAAGGGGAAGUGCAGGUAAGGAGAGGCAAAGAGCCCUUGUCUAUUGAUAUAAAAACUUCUCCUGAAGUAGAUGGAGCUGGGAAAGAGGGUAUGGUAAAGUCUUUGUUCCCGUUUUAUACCUUCUGUAUUGGGAGCAGCAUUCUCCCAUGUGCCAUCCUGCAAGACUGUAUUUUGGAGGUUUAGCCCAUGUUGUAGGGAACCAGAAAUAUGGAGGGUAAACAACAACAGCACCUUAGAAGAAAUGUAGCCAAAUUGGAAUCCAUUCUUUUUUAGGGCAGUAUAUUAUACCCUAGCAGAUGUAAAAUGGAAAAGAGUCCUUAAUGUUUUAUCCUUCGGAGAGUAGAAAACUUGGAGUCUACUUAGCAUCAUCUAGAGGAAUCUCUAUUACUCUGCACUUGUACUAAUGUUUACAAAAAUACAAUAUACUGUGAUGCCUUCCUCCUCGCGCCUCCUUCUUGCAUUCAAACUUGCAUCCUAGUCGUUAUGACUAUAGUUAAAUUUCAAUUCUCAGUGACCUUAAAAUCAGUGUCAGUUUGAUUUAUUUUUGUUACAAAGCAAUAAAAUCAUUAGAACAAUUGGUUUUUAAAAGA